AUGGUUUGUUUUGCGCAGGUGAAUGACUGCACAUUUUCUCGUGAUGGCCAGCUCCUAUUAACAGGUUCAGAUGACUGUAAUGCUUGCAUCUGGCAUAUUAAAGGUGAAAAACUUCUAUCUAAAAUAAAGGGUCACACAGGCCCAGUCAAGUCUUGUGUGUUUUCUAAUGACUCUAGUUUCUUCGCCACUGGAUCCUGUGAUUGUACCGUAAAAAUAUGGCAGACCAAAACAGGAAGAUGUCUGCACACUCUGCAAGGACACAGUAAAAGUGUGGAGACUGUAUGCUUUAACUGUAAUUCAAGACUGCUCGCAUCUGCUGGCUGGGACUACACAGCUAUUCUGUGGGAUACAAUGACAGGCUUUGCUUUGAAAAUUCUUUCUGGACACAAGAAUGUCAUCAAAACCUGUGACUUUUCAUACUCUGGAGAAUGCCUGGCAACUGGAUCCUGGGAUAAUACGAUCAGAGUGUGGAGGAUACGAAAACCAAGGCAGAGAAUAAUUUUGCAGGGUCACACAGGCAAUGUGAGCUGUGUGAAGUUUUCUGCAUUUGGAAUGUUGGCUUCAGCUUCCUGGGACAAGACUGUACGUGUAUGGAAUUCAAAAAAUGGACACCUGAUCUUUCUUCUGAAGGAGCACACUGGCCGGGUGAUGGCUCUUUCAUUCUCCAUGGAUUCAAUUCUACUGGUGACAGCAGCAGAAGAUGAAACGGUUCGUGUGUGGGAUUGCGAAGAUGGCAAGUGUAAGAAGAUCCUUAAGGCUUCAGGUUCCUGGGACAAGACUGUACGUGUAUGGGAUUCAAGGAAUGGACACCUGAUCUUUAUUCUGAAGGAGCACAGUGCCCGGGUGAUGGCUCUAUCAUUCUCCAGAGAUGCAAUUCUUCUGGCGACAGCAGCAGGAGAUGAGAUGGUGAACAUGAAGUGA